GGGGAAAAAAGUUCUGAGAGAGGGACAACAAGAAAAGAAAGACAGCAGAGGGGUGGGGGUUUAUGAAAGAAGAGGAGAGAGUUAGUUCUAUAUAAGUACGAAGGGCUGGCAGGGCUCUUGGAUCUAACCAGGGCAGAAAACAGACAAGGCUGUUUACAGCCGCAUUAGAGCGAACGAAAGCCUGAACACACCACCAGGUGCAGAACCCACUAAAGGAAGUGAGGAUAUCACUGAUGUAGCAUGAUGGAAGUUGUUUUAACCAGACUGCGGGACUUCUCCUGCAAGACUUCGACCUUUGAUGACAGCAAACCUGUGCCUCAGAGAGCCUGCAGGGACCCUCGGGGCCGGACUGACCACCUCAGAAACGGGUGCACAGCUAGUGGAGAGGGCAGCAGACUGGACAUAGAGAGCGCACUGGCUUGGCUGCGAAGGGAGCUGAUGGAGAUGCGCUCCCAGGACCAAGCCCUGAUCCGGCAGCUGAUGGAGCUGCACUCUGGCAUCCAGGAGCUGAAACAGGAGCUCUCCGAGGACAAGCGGGAGGACGAGCUGGAUGAGGAAGAGCUGGAGGGCUGCUACUGGGACUCUGAGAGCGAACAAGGAAGCGGAAGCGUCUACUCCAACUCAGGGGAGAUGGCCUGCAAUGUUCCCAACCAAAAGACGACUCGGCCUCUUUGCUCAGGAGGUUUUUCGGGGAAGGGGUUCUACAGGAGAAGCUCUGUGCCUUAAAACGUCAAAUCACUAAAACAAAUUCAACUUUUGAAUCCUCACCAUAUUUUCCUUAUGUUUGCCAAGACUGCUCAUGAUGGCACUACAAUGUAAGAUGAAAGCAUUUAGAGGAGGUCAUGUCGUCAUACGGGCUGAUCAAGUGUUCCUGCCACCGAAGUUCUAUCCAGAAACCACAUUUUUAUGCAGAUGGAGCACAACAUUAUUCACAAUGUCCAAAUUUAUUUGGAAAAAUAAGCAUUAAAAAUUAUAUUUCCCAACCCCCUUUUUGGCCUAUCAUACAUCAUCUAAAAACUACUUUCAAGAAAAAAGCAAAAAAUCCCAACAGAAAAAAAUCAUUAAACACAAACAAACAUUCAGAAUAAUCGACUGACUUGGAGAACUGAUGACGGACAUUUUUUAAAUCAAGCUCUAUGUGGCUAUGGACGGAUAUUGAUCAUAAAGAUUAUAUUAUUGAGAAUGUCUUGAAUAAUAUAUACAUUAUUAUUCUAUUAAGUCAUAUGGGGGUUUGAUGAAAGAUAUUUACAAUAAUGAUCACCUUCUACUGUACAAUAAAAAAAAGUGCUAUUCGGAAAAUACAACACCUGAUUCCAACAUUUUUUUUUUAAAGCUAUCAGAAUAAUUUGAUUAUUAUAAAUGCUUUUGAACACAGUAUCUUAUUAUUCACCACUGCUAUUCAUUUUGAUUACCUCAGACAAAAUUAGUUUAAUUCACGGGAAAUCCUCUUCUUUCAUCACCUUCUUGCAGACCUUGUUUGCCCAGUUUUUCAUGACAUGCUGAGCUAAGCUACAGCUAACAAGACUGAAGACAUAUCAAAAACUUUUUUUUAUCUUAACAUAAACUGACAGAGGAUUGUAUAAAUCCUGCAUCAAACAACGACUUAAAGGCAGAUAAAUAACAAAUCCAUUUGUACUGUACAGUCAUGUGAUUCUAUUGGUAAUUAAAACAAUGCAUCAACAAUGUAACGGCUGCUUACCUUUACUGUAC